ACUGUUGCUACACAAGGUAUGCCAGAGAUGCCAACAUGGCAUUUGAGGCCUGCAGCUUUGCACUAAUUGCAAAUCAGGCACAGCUGUUGUUAAAAUUAAAGGGGGAAACUGACAGGGAGUAUGAUGUGUUUUGACAGUUAGCAUAGAGCAGACUGCUACUGGCUUCCCCUUUGCCUUUCAUUCAUGUAUAUUUGUGUAUUUUUUUUUAGCUCAUAGUUCAUCAGUAAGGAAGUUGUUGAUGCCCCAGCUGUGGUGUGAUAAAGGCUGAGAGGAGGAUGUGCUCUGUGAGAGAACCUCACACCAAGUACAGCAACACUUUGUCUUUGAGCAGUGACUGCGACAGCGUGGGCAGAUAAUUAUCGAUAAGCUUUGACAGACAUUUUAUGUACAGCGAUAAACCCUCUGCUCCACUGUGUUCGAUGACGAGCAACCCAGCGGGGGAUGUUUAUUUACAGUGAAAGGUGAAGAUAAAGAACUAUGGCCCACAGUGUGAGCUUCAGCAUCAAUAUUUGUGAAAUGGAGUCUGACUAUGAGAACGUUGGAGAAGGUCAGAACUCUUCCCUCCAGCUCAUCAAAGAGCCUGCAGCACAGAGGUGUCCUGAAAUAGAAAUGGAAGUGUUUACAGAUUGGAUAGACAGCCAGUCAUCUCGGAGAUGCCGUAUGAGAGACGAGACCCUUGAUAGGGAGCAGAUCAACUCUCUCCAGAGACACUGCUGGUCAGAUGCUACACUAAAGGUGCUCUCUUCAAUGCCAAGUCGCACUGCUGGGCUAAAUAGUGCUGCAGUCAUUUCCCGGCAAGACAGAGGCUCAUCACAGCUACGCAGACCACAGACUGCAUCACAUCCUCACACCUCAAGACCAGUUCAGGAAGACUUCAUCCAGGAGGAAAUCAGCACUGAAGAUGCAGUAGAUGAUCUGAUUGGUUCUAACUUUUGGUUCAUUGAGGACAAUAAGGAGCAGUUGGUAGCCAACCUCCAAGGCUUCUCAGUGAGUGACGGCAUGUGCAAACUGCGAGCCAUGCCGCUUAGCCUGGCAGAUAAGCUGGAAAUCAGGCGACUUGCUUUCACUGCUGUGGCUGAAAGUUCACUCAUCAGCAGGAAUAUUCCAUGCUACCGCCGUCUAAGCGUGUACAUUUCGAGAACUUGGCGCCACUGCCUGUUUAGCUGCCUCUCUGUCCUCAGCUCCCUCCAGUUGUGGCAUUCACCCAUGAAGAGACUGUGCGGCCGUUACGGAACUGGAGUGCUCUCUUACUUCCUCUUUCUCCGAACCCUCCUGUUGUUUAACCUCCUCCUCUUUGUCAUCAUCGGCCUGUUCCUGAUCUUCCCUCAAGCCAUCCAUCCUCCUCCUCAUGACUCUCAUCUUGACACUUUGACUGGCCUUGAGCUUCUCACAGGCAUGGGUUACCUUUCUCAUAGCUUAAUGUUUUAUGGCUACUACUCCAACACCAUCAUCAAAACUUGUCGAGCUCCUGACUCAAAGCCCAGCUCCACUGGUGAUCAGACAGCCUGCAACAAUGACGUGCCCCUGGUGGUGCCGUACAGCAUACCUGCAGCUUAUUUCUUUACCAUCAUCAUUGCAUUCUUCAUUAUCUGCAUCAUCCUAGUGUACAGCAUGUCUAAGUCCUUUGGAAGAAGUUUUCAAGUCCUCAAGUCUAACAGGAAUCUGGCAGCAAAAGUUUUCUGCUCCUGGGAUUUUAAAGUCAGCAAGACGACAUCUGUGAGACUUCAAUCUGAGAAAAUCAGCACUCAGCUCAAAGAGCAGCUGUCCGAGAUGGUCAGUGGAGAAGACAAAAAGAGCUGCAUUCAGCAACUCUGCCGCCUUGUAGUCCACAUGACAGCCUGGGUCACAAGUCUGGCCAGCAUUGUCCUGAGCGCCUCCGGAGUCCACUACCUGUCAGAGGUCACCAUUCGCCAUCAUCUUCUCAGAGAGGCUGAGCUGCUACUCUUGUCUGCGGUAGUGUCAGGAAUUAAUCUGUUACUCCCUAGCCUCUUCAACUUGUGUGCUUGGGUAGAGAAGUAUGAUUCACCUGGUGCUCGACUCUAUGUCUCCAUCUUCAGGAACCUGUUGUUGAAGGUCAGUAUUGUUGGAGUGCUGUGCUACCGCUGGCUGGGGAAAAUUGCUGUGGAACCAGAAAAGCAAGGUUUACAGUGUUGGGAGAGUUUUGUGGGGCAAGAACUCUAUCGACUGCUCCUGAUGGACUUCAUAUUUACUGCUCUUUACACAUUUUUGGGAGAGUUUAUAUGGAGGCUCUUCUCUGAAAAAAGGCUCAAAAGGAACAGGAAACCGAUGUUUGACAUUGCCCGAAAUGUGUUGGAGCUCAUAUAUGGACAAACUCUUACUUGGCUUGGAGUGCUGUUUGCUCCACUGCUCCCUGCCAUCCAAAUCAUAAAGCUGUUUGUGGUGUUUUACAUGAAGAAGGCCAGCCUGACAGCCAAUUGUCAGGCCUCUAAAAAGCCCUGGAGGGCCACUCAAAUGACAACACUGUUCAUCUCUCUUUUGUGCUUCCCCUCAUUUAUUGGUGCUGCCGUGUCUGUCACUUAUACAGUUUGGACGAUUAAACCUUCCUCAGGGUGCGGUCCGUUCAGGAAUCUCACCACCAUGACCGAGUCAGGGUACCUGUGGGACAAGGAGCUGAAGAACGCUCAUCCAGUCCUGUCUUGGCUCAGCUGGGUUUACAACUCUCUGAUAGAGAACCCACUGUUCCUCUUCCUUGUCACUGGAGUCCUUCUAAUGGUGAUAUACUUUCACUCUGAACUUGUUGAUGGCCAAAAGAAAAUCAUCAGUCGGUUGGAAAAGCAACUUGAAAAUGAGGGUAAGGAUAAAAAGUUCCUCAUCUCAAAACUACAAGAGAUUUAUGAACAAAAUGGUUCUCAUGGAUAAGUUGGGUGCUAAGCGGCAUUGACAGGUGUAUAGCGUUGGCAAGAUAACAUCUCACAACAACAAGUAUGUUGGCUUUGAUGUUAUGUCAUCAAUUCUCGGAAGGUUGUCUGCAUGAUCUGGAAUGUCACUCACAAGCUACAAAGAGGAAAAGCAUAAAUCCAAAAUCAGUAACCAUAAAGUUUGUUCAUUUCAAAUAUAUUCCACUAUCUUUCUGAUAUUGUUCUGGAAAAAAAUCCCUUGCUGUUGGCACCAUAACAGGGCCACUAGUAUUUAUUUAUAGGUAGAGUUCUUACUUUAUGUCAGGGUGUAUAUUUUUGUAUGCUGUAUGGAUUUUUGUAGUUAUUCUGUCACUUUGUUAAAGGUGAUAAAUAAUUAAGUUGAAUGUAUGGUAUGAAAAGAAAAAAUAAACUUGUUUGAGCACAUCUUAGCGGAACAAGGAAUGCUUCUGAAAACAUUUUUCUUUUCAUCUGCUUGGCCCAAAUUUGUCAUUCAUUGGAAAACUUACAAUGAACAGUCAUCUUCUUAUUUGCUGCUGUUCAAGACCGGAUUAAUUCUACAAAACACAGGACUGGAGGUCAACAGAAACUGAAAAUGUGCUCUAAAGAGCAUUACACAUUCAGUGUAAGAUAAAUCAAAUUAUCUUCAGAAAAAAAACGCAGGACAGUGAUAUAUCAGCAUUAUGUAUUGUUCUAGAAAUGCUUUAGGGGAUUAUAAUUCUUUUUUCUGAUAUCUUAAAAAACAUAUCUAGAAUUAAAAACAAAAAAGUUAUGAGGAGCGGUUUAUUCAUUUUCUUCAAAUGCAGCGACUUGCAAACAUAAAUGUAUUUUUUAAAAAUUAAAUACAUUUAAACCUGGUGACGACCAUUUCACAGACAAAAACUAUACUCCGAAGACAGCUUGUAGCUACAAAACCUGUAAACCACCAGCAAUGUCACACAUCAGGGGAAUGUGUCAGUUUGCAUACUACUCCAUUACCAAGGUGCUCUGUAAUGUCAGCUAUCCUCUAAUGCCAUUUUGAGCCCUCUACCCCCACCCCAUAGCUGUGAAACAAGUUUGGUAGCUCUAUGACCAUGAACAAUUUUUUCUUGUUAACUUGAUGAAAAACAAAAAUGAAAAGAGGAGGAGAUUUCCUUGUUUGGAGGAUAUUAUGAACCCACUCCACUGCAGGUUGCUCUGUAUUUUGGGUUGGUCUGCACCGAAUGAGAGGUUCGUCUCACAUGAACAUGUCAGUGAUGGCCUCUGAUAACAUGGAAGUGGACACAGCAUCUAAAAAGCGAGUGUACAUCAGCCUUCCAAAGAAAUAUAUGGUUGACUUGGCCAAAAAUUAUGAACUGGACCAUGGAUUAGUUAUAAAACACCUAAAUCCCUAUUUAAAUGAAGGCU